GGCUGGCCAAAGAAUGAACAAACACUUCCAAGAUCAUCACGAGCUAUCUCAGCUCGAGGAACAACAUUUAUCAUUCAUGACACGGUCAUGUCAAUUGCGUGAUUGCUCUCCUGCCACGAACUGAGAUCAUCUUCCAUCAGUCGACCAUGCUCCAUGGUCAACAUUCCUGACCAUCUCUUGAUCCUCUCCAAAUCUUCCACAUUGGCAAUAUGCUGGAAAAUCGCCAAAUAUUGACUCUAUCCCUUUUCUGUGCUGUCUAUGUUGCAUGGGGUCUCACCGAUUCAAUUCAAGCUCCAUUCUAUCCCAUUGAAGCCGAGCGAAAAGGUGCCAAGGUCAGCGAGUAUGGUUUUGUGUUUGGGAUCAUUCACUUGGCCAUCUUCUUCAGUGGUCCAUUCUUUGGCAAGUACAUGCACCUGUUUGGGAUCAAGAACGUGUACAUCUUUGGCGUGAUCUCGACCGGUGUGUGUGCUCUGCUCUUUGGCUUCCUGGAUUAUGUUCAGGACAAGGUACUCUUCCUCGCUUAUUCAUACACGCUCCGGAUAUUAGAAGGUGUGGCUGAGGCCGCUUCAUGGAGUGCUGUGUUCUCGAUGCUGCUCACCAUGUUCCCGGAUAACGUGGCCACCGUCUAUUCAUUCACUGAAGCAUCGUUCAGCUUCUCAGAAAUGGUGGGUCCCACCGUAGGCGCCAUUUUCUACAACAUAGGAGGAUUUGUACUUCCUUUCGAGAUCUGCGGUAUUUUGUGCUUAGUUACAGGUCUGUUGACUAUCUUGGUCAUCCCUAGUGAUCCAAAGUCCGUUAGAUCAGAGGGCAUUCAUGAAGAGUCCAUCUUGAACAAUAACAAAGAUUCGAGCCCACCUCACCAAACCCAACUCCUGCCCGUGUUGAAAAGUCUAGAUGUCAUCCUGGCUUUGACUGGGACAGUGUUUGCCGCCUCUGUUCAAGGUCUCUUGGAAGCGUGUUUGGAACCUUAUUUGGAGCAAUUCCACUUAUCCAUCACCAAAGUUGGACUGACCUUUCUGGCCUUAUCAGUGCCUUACUUCAUGGCCUCGCCACUAUGGGGAUACUGUUGCGAUCACCUUGUUUCCCCUGAAUAUGUCCAAGUGGUUGGAACAAGCAUCAUUCUCAUUGGUUUCGUGGUGUUUGGUCCAGCUCCCUAUCUUCCACUUCACGCUAACUAUCCUAUGCUGGUGAUUGGAUUAGCAUUCUUGGGAAUUGGAACUGCCGCCGGUUUGGUUGCGUCUUUUAGCGGUGCUCAAAAGGCUGCUCUCAUGAGACAAGACAUGAGCAACACUCAAAUCUACACGGCCAUCUCUGGAAUUUGGACCUCGUCAUUUGCUUUGGGAAAUUUCAUCGGACCCUCAUUAGGCGGGUUCCUGUUUGACUUUAUUGGCUUCCGUUCGACAACUUUCGUGUUCCAAAUGAUCGGAGUGGUCAUGCUGUUCUUGGAUCUGUACAAAGUGAAGCGCUUAAGAAACACACUGGUUCUUAAGAAAGUCAAAUCGAAUAAAAUCGAUCUGUAUGAGCGCCUUGAGUGACCAAUCAUUAUACUUAGUUUCGUCGAUCUCAACUCUGUCACAUGAUGAUCCUUUGAAUGUUAACACUGUUUCAGUAAUAAUAAAAACAACGUGACUUUGAUAGUGGAAAUCAUUAUUCUAGCCCUGGUAGUCUUGACACACAUUCAGAGUUGUUUUGCAAUAUCCUAAUUGCCUGAACAACAUUGGGUGUGGCUCUGAAAUGAAAGCCGAGGAACUUCCCUCGUGUCCUCCCCCUUUUCCUUCCUCUUCAA